AUGUCGAAUUCAACUUCUGAGGCUGAAGGCUCCGAUGGCUACAAGUGCGCUGGAUGUGAUCGACCCGAUACCGCCGACGACAUCGUACAGUGUGACAAAUGCACUGCUUGGUGGCAUUUUUCAUGCGCUAAGGUCGAUGCCUCUGUAGCCAACCGAACCAAUUGGAUAUGCGUCAAAUGUUUAUCUCCACCACCACCACCUCGAUCGGUAUCGAUUCGAACGACGUCCUCAAACCGAAGAGCCCUGCUGGAUAUUAGCCUACAGCGACUGGCAGAGGAGAAAGAGUUGCGGAAAAAAGAACUCGCAAUAGAGAAGGAGUUCAUGAAGGCUAAGUACGAUCUCAUGGAGCAGUGUGCGCUAGACGAGGAAGCUGAGACUCGCAGCGUACGCAGCCGUAUAGAGCAAAUUGAAUCCCGAGAGCGAGAGAAACAUGUACACGAUUGGGUAGGACAGGUAGCAGCGUCGCUCCAAGAGAGCAGAUCGCUCACCGACCCGAAGAUCCCCUCUAUCGCCAAUGACCCUUCAACGAACCCCACCAACCGCUCGCCGAACGAGGAAGAAGGUGCUGUAGGCACAACAAUAACAAACGCCGAUCCCAAUCGUUCUCUGCCGACCAUAAUUUCUCUCGAUCAAACCGAUGACGUCAUCAAUGGCAAACUGGGUGAGGUGAAUGACCAUGAUGUAAACAAACAUCCACCGAAGCGCGCAGUUGUUGUUAGGCGUAACCAAAAAGGACACGAAGAAAAACUGUUAAAGGCAGUACCAACCGACUUGCUGCUUCUGAAAUCACAGCUGCAGAAGUACCAGGAAGCGUCAAAAAUUGACCACCAGGCUCUGCAAGAUCUCCAAGAAGAGCUUCGAAAAUGUAAGCUACAGCUACAGCAACGUCCACCACCACCGGUGGCCGAAUCGCUAUGGCCUCUUCGAGACGUAUCGAAAGGCGCAAUUCCUAGGACUACCUCGUCAAUUCCAACUAGGCCACUACCAGUGGAGAUUCCGGAUCAUCAGUUCACUGCAGUUCCAGCUAGAGUAACCGGGAACCCGGCUCCUGUUUGUGACACUCGCGAGUGCAGUUGGACAAAUCCAUUCCAAUCAGAAGGUCCCGGUAUACGUGAGUCAUCUCGAAUCAAUUUCGCACGAUCGACAGAUAUUGGUCAAGCCAGUACUCCGCAACAACAGCGAUCGGGUACUCAAAUACCGGCGGAGGAUCCGUUAUUUCUGGAAGUACGUCGACCGUCACCAGAACAGCUUGCGGCCAGACAGGUGAUGCCUAGAGAUCUACCUGAAUUCUACGGCGACCCGGAAGAAUGGCCGUUAUUUAUCAGUAAUUUCCGCAACAGUACAUCGGCUUGUGGGUUCAGUAGGGUAGAAAACCUGGCACGGCUCCAGCGUUGCCUAAAAGGCAAUGCAUUGAAAUCGGUACGGUACAACUUGCUGAAUCCGGACUCUGUUCCGGAAGUAAUCCGCACGCUUCAAACGCUGUAUGGACGGCCCGAAGUUAUAAUAAGUAAGCUGAUUAGAACCGCUCGGGAUGCCCCUGCACCAAAAUCAGAACGCUUGGAAACCCUAAUUGAUUUCGGCAUAGCUGUCAGGAACCUAGUCAGUCACCUUAUCGCCGCAGACCAGCGUAAUCAUCUCUCCAAUCCGGUUCUACUACAAGAGCUGGUGGAGAAACUGCCCUCCAGUGUGAAGAUGCAAUGGGCUCAGCAUUUGAUCCAGUUCCCAGAUGCGAACUUGCAAACCUUCAGCACGUUUAUGUCAGCCGUGGUGGAAUCGGUGAGCAAGGUAGUUUUGUACACCGGUGAUCAGAGCUACAGACCCGACAAGCUAAAAUCCAAGGAAAAGGGAUAUAUGCACUCGCACGUGGAAACUGCCGAUGUGGCGCAAUGGGCUCAACGCAAAAAUGAAGGUUUAAGAGCCUGUCCGGUCUGUGAAAAGGGCAAUCACCGCGUCAAGGACUGCGAAUCGUUCCAGGAAUGUAGCGUCGACAGUCAGUGGAAAACUAUCUCUGCCUUGAAACUUUGUCGCUGUUGCCUAGGCCAACACGGGCGGAGACCGUGUAGGAGUUCAGCUAAAUGCGAGGUCGAUGGAUGUCAGUAUCGUCACCAUCCCAUGCUACACGCUUCGACGCCGGCGAGAACUGGAAACUCUUCGUCCACUGAAGCAACGGAAAAUCACGCAUACCAUCACUGUGGGCAAUCCGUACUUUUUCGCAUCAUUCCGGUAACUGUACGAGGACCAUCGAAAUCCAUCGAUACCUUCGCCUUCCUGGACGAGGGUUCGUCAGCCACUUUGGUGGAAAAUGGUCUAGCCAAGCAGUUAGAUCUACAAGGCCCCGUAGUCCCUCUGUGCUUAAAAUGGACUGCCGAUAUUACACGCUCCGAAGACAGCUCGCAAAUCGUCUCACUUGACAUCUCCGAGUUGGGUUGCCAGGAAGGAUAUAGCUUGAAUAAUGCCAGAACCGUUGAGUGCCUGAAUCUGCCUACGCAAACGCUCUGCUUUGAGGAACUCCAAGGAAAGUACCAGCACCUAGCAGGAUUACUGGUCCGCAGCUAUAAAAAGGCGAUUCCUCGACUCUUGAUUGGCCUGCGAAAUCUAUCUCUAGCAGUUCCGCAAAAGAUCGUACAGGGAACUGGAGGCCCUAUAGCUACAAAAACUCGGAGACUGGAUAACCUGAUUCGCGAGUACUUCGACGCAGAAGACACGGGACUACGUACGACAAAACCGCUAGAAUCGGACGACGUCCGGAGAGCACGGCGUAUCCUCGAAGAAACCACUAGUAGGGACGGAAACAGCUUCGCUACGGGCCUGCUGUGGAAAUAUAACCAUAUCGAGCUUCCCGAUAGUUUUCCAAUGGCCCUACAACGGUUGAAGUGCUUGGAGAGACGUAUGUCACGUGACCCAGGCCUCAAAGAAAAUUUGCACAGGCAAUUGCAGGAAUAUCAAGACAAGGGUUAUGCUCAUCCUGCCACGGAAGCGGAAUUGAACGAAGCCGAUCCCAGACGUAUAUGGUAUCUUCCGUUGGGCGCAGUUGUAAACCCCAAAAAACCAUCCAAGGUACGGAUAAUUUGGGACGCAGCAGCAAAAGUCGACGGAGUUUCGCUGAACACAUUCCUGCUCCCGGGGCCCGACCUUCUGGUUCCAUUACCUGCUGUUCUAUUCCGAUACCGCCAGUAUCCGGUGGCCAUCUGCGGUGACAUUAAGGAAAUGUUUCACCAAAUCCGUGUCAUCGCAGAUGACCGAAAUUCCCAGCGUUUCCUUUGGCGUGACUCCGCUGAAGAAUCACCAAAAAUAUUCGUGAUGGAUGUCCUAACUUUCGGAUCAGCGAGCUCCCCUUCGUCAGCACAAUUUGUAAAAAACCGGAACGCGAAGGACCAUGAAACCCAGUUUCCCAAGGCGGCAGAGGCGAUCAUAAAACGUCAUUAUGUCGACGAUUACCUCGACAGUUUCGAGGACGAGGCGGAAGCGAAAAUCGUCGCUGAACAAGUUCGUCAUGUACAUUCAAUUGGCGGAUUCGAGAUUCGAAAUUGGUCGAGCAACAGUAUGGCAGUCCUGCAACAUCUAGGCGAAACACCGAAGGCUACCACGAAAAACUUGACAGCAGCGGGUUCCGGUGAAUCCGAAAAGGUGCUCGGCAUGCUCUGGGUGACAGAAACCGACACGCUGUGUUUCUCAACGAAGUUCAGGGCGGAAAUAGAGGAACUCUUCCGGUCAAAAGCUGUUCCCACGAAACGGCAAAUACUGAAAACCGUAAUGAGCCUUUUCGAUCCGCUUGGGCUUCUCGCGUCUUUCCUUGUGCAUGGCAAAAUCAUUAUGCAGGACGUAUGGCGAAGCGGAAUAAACUGGGACGAACGCGUAGGGGACGAUAUUGAACAGCGGUGGCGGAAAUGGAUCGAGCUGUUUGAUCAAGUUGCGAAGAUACAGAUACCUCGGUGCUACUUCAAAGCUGCCAGCUCAGAGCGGUAUGGCACACUGCAAGCACAUCUUUUCGUCGACGCUAGCGAGGCGGCGUAUUCUGCUGUAGUGUACUUCAGGAUCGUCGAUGCGGAAGGACAUCCGCAAUGCUCAAUUGUAACUGCAAAAACUAAGGUUGCGCCGAUAAAAUAUGCUUCCAUUCCACGUUUGGAACUGAUGGCAGCCGUUUUGGGUGCACGUUUGCUGACAUUCGUAGAAGAGAAUCACACGGUUCCUAUGCACCAGCGUUUCUGCUGGUCAGAUUCCAAAACCGUUUUGGCCUGGCUUCGUUCUGAUCAUCGCAGAUACUCGCAGUUUGUAGCUUGUCGUGUUGGAGAAGUACUCUCGUUGUCAUCGGAAAGCGAAUGGAGAUGGAUCCCGAGCAGACUCAACAUCGCUGACGAGGCCACAAAGUGGGGCAAGGGGCCCUGUUUCGAUGAAGAAAGCCGUUGGAUACAAGGACCGGAGUUUUUGGGCUUGCCGGAGCAGCAUUGGCCGAAACCGAAAACGCCGAUUAGCUUAACAGACGAUGAACUUCGUCCAUGUCACAUGUAUCACGAAAUACUGUCGCCUCUCGUUGAUUUCGAACGGUUUUCUAACUGGAAUAGACUACUUCGUGCAGUGGCUUACGUUUUUCAUCUUUUCACCGUACACAAGGCCCGAAAGACGAGCUCUAUCGUGGAGAAAGGACCAACUCACGAUGAACUGAAGGCAGCGGAAGUUCUAAUCUGGAGGAUGGUGCAGUGGACCGUCUAUCCGGACGAAGUUUCUAUUAUGAUGAAGAACCAAAAGCUUCCGGAAAACCAGCGCCGUUCACUGGAUAAGACAAGCCCCCUCUACAAGCUCACCCCCAUGCUAGACGAGUUCGGGGUCAUGCGCAUUGACAGCCGCACUGGAGUAGCACGCGUGGAUGAAUACGACCUCAAGUACCCGGUUAUACUUCCGCAGAAGCAUCAUGUCACCUAUUUGAUCAUCGACAACUACCACAGGAAGUACCUACAUGGUAACACGGAGACGAUUGUCAAUGAGCUCCGGCAAAAAUACUACGUUCCACGAAUUCGAGGAGUUGUGAGGACCGUAUCAAAGAGCUGCCAGUGGUGCAAAGUCCAUAAAGCACGACCGACCGUUCCCAUAAUGGGUCCAUUGCCAGAAGCUCGACUGUCGCCAGGGGUGCGACCUUUCAGUUAUGUCGGGAUUGACUACUUUGGCCCUCUUCUCGUAAAGGUAGGUCGAUCCAAUGCAAAACGGUGGGUUUGCCUCAUCACAUGUUUGACGAUUCGUGCAGUGCACGUUGAGGUCGCCUAUGACCUGUCGACUCAGUCCUGCAUAGCCUGCAUUCGCAGGUUCGUGUGUCGCCGAGGAGCACCGUUGGAGAUAUACUCCGACAAAGGACGCAAUUUCGUCGGAGCAGAUGGAAUCCUGAAAGAGCAGAUGAAGUGCAUUGAUGAAGAGGCAGCAGCAACGUUUACUAAUACGCAAACGAAGUGGUAUUUCAUACCCCCCUCGGCUCCCCACAUGGGGGGCUCAUGGGAGCGUCUUGUACGCUCUAUCAAGACGGCGUUAACCAGUGUACCGCAGGACAGGAAACUUGACGAUGAAGCACUAUUAACAUACCUAGCAGAAGCUGAAUCAAUCGUCAAUUCCCGUCCCCUAACUUAUUUGCCGUUAGAUGCUUCGGAACAGGAGGCGCUCACGCCCAAUCAUUUUUUGUUGGGGAGUUCUAGUGGCGUGAAACAGCCCUCGCGAGAAAUAGGCUGUCCCAACCAAGUACUCCGCAAGACUUGGGAAACCCUGCAGGCAAACUUGGACCAUUUUUGGAAACGCUGGAUUCGGGAGUAUCUUCCUACGCUAACACGGCGUACAAAAUGGUUUGAAGAUGUCAAGGCCGUUGAGUCAGGAGACUUAGUGGUCAUAAUCGAAGAUACGAGACGCAACGGAUGGGUUCGAGGACGAAUCUUAGAUGUGGUGAAAGGUCGUGAUGGCAGACAACUGAACAUGAACGAUCGCCAGUCAGUUUGCUUCACAAGUAAACCGACCGAUGAGGAACAGCAGUCGCAGUCGUAG